ACUGUAGUCCCAAAGGCAUUACAAACUUUGUGAGAUUCCUUGCUUGUUUGUCACUAUCUCCAGACUUAAAUUCUGUCUUAAUUGCCUGUGCAAGCAACCUUUGUGCUGUCAUAUGCUAGAGACUUGACACUAAUGUUUUGUCAAUGGGGGCCACCUUGUUUUGACUUGAGCCCAAGCUUUCAUACUGCGUGUUGGGGUGCUGUUCAAAUAUUCGCAGUUACGGAUCAUUCUACCAUCCUCAGAAUGACAGAACUAUCACACGUACAAAGAGUAUCGACUUUAGAAGGAUCCGGAGGAAGAAAAGAUGCAAGACUUGUGUCUCGUACAGCAAAGGAGAUUGCUGCAGCCCAAAAAGUGAUGCAAAUGGAAAGACAGCUAAAAUGCUUGGAGUUUCAGAACCCAGGACCUCAACUGGCAGAAUUUAACCCUGAAACCAGGGAGCAGCAGAAGAAAGCUCGUAUGUCUAACAUGAACCAGUUCUUCACAGCAAACAAGACUGGAAGGAAGAAAUACGACAAAAAAGGCAGACUUCUGAGUAAUGGUGCAAACUUGUGUGAUUGUCUUGAUGAGUUGUGCCACGGCUGUUUUCUUCCAUGUCCCAAAUGCAAUUCAAAAAUGUGUGGGCCAAAAUGUCGUUGUAAUAGAACCUGGGUCUAUGAACAGAUAGAAACAGAAUGCAGCACUUCUAUUAAUUCGUUUCCUUUUGAUGAAUGAAUGUUACUGUAAUGUGUGAAUUAACAUAGUAGUCUAACGUAAUUCUGCAGAAUUGUUCAGAAUAAAUGUUUGCGUUUAUUUUUUUAUUUCAUGUGUAUUUACAAUUGACCACAUGACCUAAAGUUUAUUUUUUCAUAGUGUGAGUUAAGUACUUCACAUGUAACUAAAGAUGCAAGUAAACAUUUUUUUUUGUAAUGGGCUCCAAGCAUUGAAAGUGCCUAUCCUUACCAUGACAUGUUGACUUGCCUGUUCUAUAGUUUGGGUAGUUUAGAAUGUUGAAGAUUUUGAGCCACUCUGUUGCAUUUGUUAGUGUGUACAGCACUUCAUGUAAGUUGUCAAUGUGUGUACUAUAAUGUAUCUUUUAAGUUUAAAUUGCUUAAAGCACAUUAAUAUGUAAUUGGAUAUAUUUUAUUUUGUUUUAAUUUACCUGGCUGCGUUUUGUGAAACCACAGUAUAUAAUUUUUACAUUUCAUAUUGAUGAAUAGGAGACCACUGAUACCAGGUCAAAUUAUUCCCAUUAUUUUAGUUGCUAAAUCACAUAUACAGUUUUAUGUAUAAAAUUGUGCAUUGUAAUUGACAAUAAGCAAGAAGAGUGCACACCUGGGCCUGCAUCAGUUGCUUGUAUAUUCUGUUUUCUCUCUAAUCAGUGAAACUGUGAACUCCUUUACAGUUGUUGGUUGAACCCAGCAAGGUCUAAUAGAAAAUGGAGGAUAUUAAAAGGAGUUUACCUCCUGUAUAUUCCUGUAUAGUUUAUUCAAAAUGUUCAUAUUUUCUUUAUUUUUAAUGUUAACUUAAGUGAACUGCUCCGUUAUUUGAAUAAACAUGUAAUAAUAUGCAGGGUACCAUGUAUACACAAUGUUCUGAGAGUUUCAAUAAAAAUUGUUCGGUAAACCUCA